AUGACCACCCAGGGCCUUGUCCACCUGCCAAAUGGCCAGAACCUGACCGCCGUGCCCGUCUUCGGCGGCCUGCAGUUCAAGGUCAAUGACCUGAGCAGCCACAACAACUCUCCCCUGCCCCCGGGAUGGACUGUCGUGCUCAACUCACAGGUCGACGAGCCUGAAGAUGAAGAUGCGGAUGCAGAGAAACAGCCCAGUGAGGACGAGGACGAGUUCCAGGAGCCCACUCGCCGGCGCGUGCGCCGCUACACGCGCCCGACGCUGCGCAACGAUCACCUGUACAUCUCUUCCAUCUCGAAUCCGAGCAGCACCGAAUUCAAGCCCGCCUCGUCGCCCACGCGCCAGAUCGCCAUGAUGCUGUGGGCGACGCUGUACUGGUACUUCCACCAGCCCGUGCCUGAGCCGCAGCUGACGACUGCCACCUCCAAGAACACGGCCCAAUUAGGCAAGCCGAGGGGUGAUUGGCGAAUCAACAUCAACCGUGAGGGCAUCUUCAAGGGCCGCGUCGUGCUGCCCAAGCUCGAGCGCAUGGGAUUGAUCGCCAGUGAGGACUCCAGCGUGGGAACCGUCCAAGACGAGAAGUCUGGGGAAGGUUGGCAGAACAUGUUCGUGAGCCGCCACGCCUUCUGGCAGAUGGAUCCGCGUCUCUACCUGUUCACCCUUCCCGCACUUUCGCAAUCCCCUCAUGGCUCCGAGUCCCCUCUCAACUCCAGACCAAACUCCCCGACCUCGGAGCCCAAGAAGCGCGAAUCCGCAAACAUGGAUGGACUCCCGCAAGGCCUUUGGUCUCCCACCGCGCCGGGACCAUUCCAUUCGAGUAGCCACCUCCCAACUUACUACCCUCCGGGUCCUUCUCAGUUCGUCUUCUCGAACGGCAUCCGGCACCCGCUGAGGCCGAAGCCUCCGCGACAAGGCGAGACUUUCUACACGCGCUACAUUCCUAGUGUCGGCCAGUAUCUCUCCUUCCGCGUCGCCUCUGCCUCUCCCAAGCCCCAGCACCACACGGGGCCCAUCUCGCACCGCACCAGCCUAUCCGAUGGCGGCCAGCCCAGCAUCGAGUCCCUCUCCCUGGACGACUCGGACGUGGACCUGCUGCAUCGCUGGAUGAACGAUGCGCGCGUGUCGUACUUCUGGGGCGAGCAGGGCCCCCGCGCGCACCAGGAAGCCUUCCUAAAGCACGGCUUAGAGAGCCGCCACAGCUUCCCUGUCAUCGGCUGCUGGGACGGCAAGCCCUUCGGCUACUUCGAGAUCUACUGGGUCAAGGAAGACAACUUGAACAAGCACAUUGGCGGCGGGACCCAGAACUACGACCGCGGCCUGCAUUGCCUCGUCGGCGAGCAGGAGUUCCGCGGCGCCCACCGCGUGCGCAUCUGGCUAAGCGCCCUCGUGCACUACUGCUUCCUGGCCGACAUGCGCACCGAGACGGUCAUGUUGGAGCCGCGCAUUGAUAAUGAGAAACUCCGCAAGUAUCUCGAGGAAGUCGGCUUCUACAAGGAGCGCGAAGUCAGCUUCCCGCACAAACAGUCGAACCUCAUGAAGAUCAGGCGCGAAGCAUGGGAUGGGCCGGCAUUGUAG